AUGAAAGAAUCAUCCGAUGACGGAAAACAGAAAUUCCAGGAGGUGGCAAUAGGUUCCGACAGGUCUCCGGCUGAUCAAUUUAGACCGCUUCAGUCGGUUUUUAGGCGCCGGCUUCUUACAGGAGUUGGCACGGCUUCUCUAGUCUCUUUGGGUGCCAAUUUCGGCGGCAUUACAAGCUUUCUUCUAGGCUUUUCCCCAGAGACUGCUCGAAAUCUCAAGUUGGAUGCUCUUUAUCCUGUUGGAGGAUAUAGUCGAUAUAUUGACAGUAGUGAAGGAUUUGAAUUUAUAUACCCAGGAAGUUGGUUAGGAGAUCAAAGGCUAUUAUAUCGAGCAGCCAGGAAGCUCGAAAGAUCACUCGAUCCACCACCACUGAGCGGUGGUGGUAAGCCGCGGAGGACAGUAAACGAGCCCGUGGUUGCAUUUGGUCCACCGGGAUCAAAUGGGGAGUUAAAUGUUAGUGUGAUUGUCUCACCAGUUCCCAUUGACUUCUCGAUCGAGGCAUUUGGAGGAGCAAAAGAGGUGGGAGAAGCAGUGGUCAGGACAAUCACAGCAUCAACCAAACUCACAGAUGUCAAAGGAACAUUAACAGAGUCAAGUUUGAGACAGGAUUCACAAAGAAAAGUUAACUACUAUAAGCUGGAAUUCAGAGUCGAAAGCUCAAUGUUUCGCCGACACAAUGUCGCCGUAUGUUGUGCCUGCAAGGGAAGACUGUUCACUUUAAAUGCACAGACUCCUGAAUCUGCUUGGCCGCAAUUGAAAUCAGACUUCUAUAAAAUUGCUGAUUCUUUUCGUCUAACUAAUUAG